UCGGCCAGUGCCGAGGGAACCGCGGUGAGCUGCGGUUCUCCAGAAGAGCCGCCAGGUGGCAGCAGGGGCAGCAGCCCGCUCGCCGCCGCCGCCGCCGCCGGCGUGUUUCUCUGCCCGUUCAGGCAGGAGGGAAAAGGGAGCGAGGGCGGGCGCCCGCGAGAGAGGGAACCUGGGAACCUGCCUCGGAGCCCGCAGGGGUUUCCCACAGCCGCUGCCUGGCGGUGCGCUGGGCGUUCCUUAGGGGCUCCCCGCUGCUCUCCAUGGGCUGAGGCUGCCUGGGCACCAGGCUUUGCAUCAGCGGCACAGAGGGAGCCUCCCCGUGGGGGGACUGGACGUGAGCUGCCGGUGACACUGACAAGGGCUUAAUCCCUAUCCUAUAGGGAUCGCCUACAUCAUGAAGAAGCCAAGGGAAACUGCCUCCCAACAAACAAGGCCUUUGCGCUCUCAUGUGGCACUGAUUCCUCUGUCUUACAGGAAACCAUUAGCUUAGGCUAGAUCUGUUGAAAAUUUUGACUGUAGUCAUUCCUUUGCAUUUUACAAGGAUUUGUGUGUAAUCUGCAUUACGUUCUAACACACUGAAGGCUUCAUAUUCAAGGAUCAUGGUAGACAGUUUAAUCGUAUCUUUGAGGCUUCUCGGCUUCAUAGUGGUAUUAGGAUUUCAGCUGGUCAUCCCACAGACGUCAAUUGAACACAGAAAGGUUCCCCAGAGGACAGAAGAACAAAGGUCUGAAGACAGCAGUGCAGGAAUCCUAGGCACAUGGGGCAGUUGGGGCCCCUGGUCUGCUUGCUCUCGAAGUUGCAGUAGUGGGGUAAUGGAGCAAACCCGGCCCUGCCUCCCAAGCUAUUACCACGACAGGGGUUAUUCUAGGCCAGGGCAACAGUACCCAGCCUUGGAAAGAACUCUCACACCCCAGCAUUCCCGCCAUCAUGAAGAUCCAUUGACCCCUCAUUCCAGCCAUGUCAUCUCUGCCAUCCGUACGUCCGUGCCACUUCACAGAAACGAGGAGCAGCUUCAGAGAGCUCUUUGGGUUUCAGUUUCCUCUACGAGCCGCAAUGACAGCCAUCUGAACAGAGGAACGUUGAGAGGCAGCCGGCAUUCUCAAAGGCACAGAACCAAGCCAGAGAGGAGAAACAAAAACCAAAGUCCCAUAGGCCCAGGGAAAUACGGAUAUGGAAAAGUGCCAUAUAUAUUACCACUGCAAACUGACACUGGGCAACUGCCUCAAAAAACACGGAGGCAGCGACAGUCAACAAGGAAUCAAGCAUAUGAGCAGAAUCAGGGUCCUGGGAACACACCCAAUCAUCCAUCUAACCCUUCAGUUCAACAUGGGAAUCUUUACCAAGAAGAACGUGGACCUCAGGUUUUGGGGCCCUCAAUUUAUCAGCAGGCUCCAACCCAUUCACAGGCCUUUCCUGCAUCUCAAAGUUUGUUUCAUGGGACUGACUCAACCCACCAUGGCUCUGCAUCCCGCCAGCCCUUCCAAGGUCAACCUCACUCUCCAAGGGCUGGAACUAUUGUGUGCAUUGGAGCCUACAAGCAGUACAAACUCUGCAACACAAAUAUGUGUCCUGAAAGCAGCAGAAAUAUCAGAGAGGUACAGUGUGCAUCAUACAACAACAAACCAUUUAUGGGUCGAUUUUAUGAGUGGGAACCUUUUGCAGAAGUGAAGGGAAGUCAGAAGUGUGAACUGAAUUGCCGAGCAAUAGGCUACCGGUUCUAUGUGAGACAAGCUGAAAAAGUAAUAGACGGCACACCAUGUGAUCAAAAUGGAACUUCAGUCUGUGUUUCUGGGCAAUGCAAGAGCAUUGGCUGUGAUGACUACCUGGGAUCAGACAAGGUGGCUGACAAAUGCGGAAUAUGUGGAGGGGACAACACUGGUUGCAAGGUGGUCUCUGGUGUUUUCAAACACACGCUAACAAAUCUUGGCUACCACAAAAUAGUAGAAAUUCCUGAAGGGGCUAUUAAAAUCAACAUUACUGAAAUGUCCAAGAGCAACAACUACUUGGCAUUGCGGAGUCGAUCAGGACGGUCCAUCAUCAAUGGAAACUGGGCAAUUGAUCGACCCGGGAGAUAUGAAGGAGGAGGGACUACAUUCACAUAUAAACGCCCAAAUGAAAUCUCAAGCACUGCAGGGGAGUCCUUUUUAGCAGAUGGUCCGACAGAUGAGAUCUUGGAUGUCUAUAUGAUACAUCAGCAACCUAAUCCAGGUAUACAUUACGAGUAUAUCAUUCCAGAAGCCAACGUCAUUAGCCCUCAGUUGCCUCCUCACAGAAGGCCAGGGGAGCCAUUCAAUGGUCAGUUAGAACUGACAGAUGGUACAAAUCACGAAGAUGAGAAUUUGCAUAGGGAGACAGACACUCACACUGGACAGUCAACAGGGACCUUUCCUGUUAUUCAGCCAGGAAGGUUUCCUUCUCAUCAGCCAGACAACCAGGUCCCUGCUGUGCAGCCAUCACGACGAAACCGAGAACACAAUUGGAAACAGGUUGGAACAACUGAGUGCACCACUUCGUGUGGGAAAGGGUUGCAAUACCCAAUCUUCCGCUGUGUAAAUAGAAUCUCUCAUGAGGAGGUGUCUGAGAGCUAUUGUGACACCAGCACCAAGCCCACGCCAGAAGAAGAAGCCUGCAACAUCUUCCCAUGCCCAGCCUUCUGGGAUAUAGGGGAGUGGUCUGAAUGCAGUAAAACAUGUGGCCUUGGUAUGCAGCACCGACAAGUCCUGUGCCGACAAGUGUAUGCCAAUCGUACUCUGAUGGUUCAGCAAUACCGAUGCCAUUACUUGGAGAAGCCAGAAACAACCAGCACAUGCCAGCUGAAGAUUUGCAGUGAAUGGCAAAUUCAGACAGAGUGGACCUCGUGUUCGGUGCCAUGUGGAGUGGGGCAGAGGAUCCGAGAUGUAAAGUGUGUCAGCAAUCUUGGAGACAUUGUUGAUGACGAGGAAUGUAAUAUGAAGCUACGGCCAAAUGACAUUGAAAACUGUGACAUGGGGCCCUGUGCUAAGAGCUGGUUCCUCACGGAGUGGAGUGACAGGUGUUCUGCAGAAUGUGGUGCAGGAGUCCGAACACGGUCAGUAGUUUGUAUGACCAACCAUGUCAGCAGUUUGCCACUGGAGGGCUGUGGGAAUAACAGACCUUCUGAAACAAUCCCCUGUGACAAUGGACCCUGUAUGGGUAAAGUGGAGUGGUUUGCUGGAAGCUGGAGUCAGUGUUCAAUUGAAUGUGGCAGCGGAACCCAACAGAGAGAAGUCAUUUGUAUUAGAAAAACGGAAGGCAGUUUUGAUGUGUUGAACCCUUAUGAAUGUUCAUUUUUGGAAAGACCGCCCAGCCAGCAGUCCUGCUACCUCAAACCCUGUGGGGCUAAGUGGUUUAAUACAGAGUGGAGCACAUGUUCCAAAUCCUGUGAAGGAGGAUUCCGGGUUCGAGAAGUACGAUGUCUGUCAGAUGAUCUGACACCCAGUAACCAAUGUGAUCCACAGCUUAAACCAGAAGAAAAAGAAUCUUGUAACACUCAGGAUUGUAUACCAGAAAUAGAUGAAAAUUGCAAAGACAAAUACUACAACUGCAAUGUGGUGGUGCAGGCCCGGCUCUGUGUCUAUACCUAUUACAAGACAGCUUGUUGUGCAUCCUGCACAAGGGUGGCCAAUAGACAAUCAGGGUUUCUAGGACGCAGAUAACAACUACUCCAUCACUCAUAACGUCCAUGUUUAACUUUGAUGUGGGAACAUAAACAGUGUUACUGUUUGGACUACAACAGAUUCUACCUUCUUAAAGAGACGGUUUCCAUAUUGCUGAGCACAUCAAGAUUAUGGUUAUGUCUCACACAUAACAUGCAGCAUAUAAUAGGAGCUUUUUGGCUUUUUAAAAUGUUCAUUGUAAAACCGUGAUUUUUAAAGCAUUAUUUUUUACUGAUACUAUUGUAUACAUCUGUUCAUCAAAUAAUUGUUAUUUAAGGGAAAUACCACCCUCUUGUUAUGAACUGAAUGAAAGGAAAAUCAGUCAAAAUGCAUUUACUGGAGAUGUUUGACCAGUACAGAUUCAGCAGCACCAUUAUUUGCUGAAUACCAACCCUUCUUUGGUGCUUUGGUCUUAAAUUAGUAGAAGGUAUCAGUAGAACACGUACAUGAGAAGUGUUAUGUCAUAAAAAAACCCAGCACCCUUAAGACCCAUUUAAGCUCAAUUUCCCAGCACCCUAAUACAUAUGUUUAAUUACCUCAACCCUUCAUACUAAAUUAGUGUCAUGAUUAAUCUCUCUCUACUAUACUUUCACUAACUUCCUGCCUUCAACAAAGCAGCAAAUGUACACACACUUUGACUGCCUAUAAGUGCCUUGUAUCUAAUUCAUAAACUAGUGCACUAAAGUUAUAGUCGAUAAGUCUGUAUGGAUGUUGAAAGCAAUCUAUUACCCACCACAGUGCCCACAGUGACCUUAAGUCUUCUCUUUAACACAUGAAGCUAACAGCUGAAGCUCAAAUUCAUGGGUGACGUUCCUCCACUGAUCUAAAUUGUCAGUUUACACCAACAGAAAAUCUUCCACCAUGAUGUAGCGAUCUCGCUGCAUAAUAAUUUUUCAUUAUAGAAUUGUUCAACAAGUAACAGGAUCAAUCCGAAUGUGUAUCAGAUUCAAUUAGGAUUGCCAUCAGUUUCUGAAGCUGCCACCAAAGGAUUUGGCCUUCUGUCUCUAACAUGUUUUCAUAACCCUUUGGCAUCAGCAGUCUGUGGUGCGUUUUUUAUAUAUAUAUAUAUAUACUAACUGCUUGUGCAGUAGUUUGGAAGUCUGUAUUAAGAAAAUCCUCACUCCUAGCUGUUGAAGGAUUAUUACAGUGUAAUUUGUCUUGUUUUCAUCCUGUGUUGUUCCUCAGUAAACUUACUCUAAAAGAAUAGUAUCUAUUUACACCAUGUCUUCCUGUUCCAGUCAAGAAUGGUUACAGAUUUGCACCUAGGUUAGAUGAUCUUCAUUUUCUACACUUACUGUAUUCAGUCCUGGGAUUUGCUAGAGCUAAACAGAAUGAGGCAUUCAGUGCAGAUAAAGGCAUUCAGUGCAGAUUAAAAGUAUUAAACUACCUGAACAUUUCACAGUUCAUCCACUUUUAUUGAGUCCUUUUAGAUAUUUCUGUGUAAGUAAAAUAACUUGCUUAUUGAAUUACACAUUGCAAUGUGCUCUAAACCCUAGUGAUGUCUUUAAUCUUGAGUCCAUUUUUAAUGUGUCCACU